CGAUAUCGAUCGUCCUCACCACACAAAGCCACCUUCUCGUUGCUAGACAUUGACUACAGCUAUACAAACCAUCGACGUGAGAUGACGGCCCCAGUCCAGCUCAGUCAACGGCUCCGAGCCAUCAAGCUAUACAAAGAGCUGCAUCGUCUAGGUAGAGACUAUCCCGAUCCACAAUGGUUCGCCAAACGUCUUCGCGGGGCGUACGAGAAGAACGCAAGCCUAACUGAUCCAACGGCGAUCGAGAAACAACUCGCCUUGGGGGAACACGUCAAGAAAGAGGUCCUAACGCUGAUAUCACUGAAGAAAUUCCGGCACCUCCGGCGUUCUUAUUAUCCGGACGAUCCCGCUCGAUAGACUUUAGGCCGUCACGCAGGGCAACGUCAUCAAGCACUGAGAAAUUGACGAGCGGAUCGUUCAUUCAGCGAAUGACUUUUGAAGAAACUUACCAGCUAGCUGGUGCAUGUAGGAGGCUGUCGGAGGGGGGAAGGAGGCGAACCUCGCAACAUAGUACUGUACCGCACUCCCCAGUGCACAUGUAAGAUACAUUGUAAUUAAAUCUUGAACUUCUGUAGCAAGCGAGCAAGGCAUAUAUCAUUA